UAUAAAGACUUUACGAACACUUCCUUUGUAGAACCCGUUGGAUUAAUUUUGCAAUUGCAAUGUAGUUUUGCUACAUAACUUUAAAAACAUUAAAUUAAAAUCAAAUAAUUUUUAAAGAAAGCUGUUGUGAAGACACGUUAUAAUUACACAUUUCAUAACGGUACAUAAAAAAUUGAAAAUCUUCAAAAAUCAGACAAUAGUAUGGUAAAAAAAGAAAAUCGGUAAAUUCGUCAUAGAAAAAAACAACAACAAAUCACUAUUUUUUUGUGACAGCGGUGGUUCGACGUCUAGAAGCUAGUGGAACCUAAUAUAAGCACACUGAAUAAAAUUCCGUACGAAAAUAAGGCAAAUAGCUAAUAAUAUUUUUGCUAGCCUUAAUAAUAGUUAUCUAUUAAAUAAAAAUUAGCGGCAACGAAAAGUCUACGUCAACCUCGUUGCCGCCAGACAGGACAGUUGGUGAUUCGCUGAAACAAAAAACCUAAUCAGAAUGGCUGAAGCUGUGGUUGACGAACGCACGCCUUUACCGACUCGUUUCUAUUGUCAUAUGUGUAGUAUGGAAGUAAACAUUCCAAAUACAGACUUCACCUGUCCACAUUGUUCUGGCGGAUUCGUGGAAGAGCUGCCAACAGCUCCAGAUAUUGCUAGUGGAAGUAGCAGUACGUCUAGUGUCGCAGACGGUCCCAGCAACAGCAAUUCGGAAGCACACUCUUUAAAUCGCUUAGUUGAUUUAGAUGUGAUCAGAGGAGAAAUAGAAACUUUAUUAAUGUCCCGCAACGGACCGAUUGAAAUUGCCAUUGGCCCGGCGAAUAGACGUAGUAGCAUGCUAUUAGGAAGCGGGGGAGUUGGUACAAGUACUGGUAGCAACAGCGGCGGAAGUAAUGGACCUGGCGGAGGACGAGUACACCCACCUCAUCUCGGUAGUUUGGAUACCGUUCUGCUUGAUUUUCUGCAAUCUCUUUCAGGAGGUGAUGAAUUGAACCUUGGUAAUGCUCCUAUGUUUUUUAUGGGCAAUCCCGGUGAUUAUGCAUGGGGACGUGAAGGCAUAGAUACAAUUGUGACACAAUUAUUAAAUCAAAUGGAAACAUCUGGUCCACCACCAUUGCCGAAGGAAAAAAUUGAAGAGAUACCCAAAGUGAAUGUAAACUCCGAGGACGUAAAUCGUAAAACUCAGUGUUCCGUGUGUUGGGAAGAUUUUCGUCUAGACGAGGUGGUGAGAAGGUUACCCUGCUCACACAUAUAUCAUGAAAAUUGUAUUAUUCCCUGGCUAGAUCUACACGGUACUUGUCCAAUUUGCCGUAAAUCUCUUAGUGACGAAGAAGAUGCGAAUGAUGCUGUCAUGGCAAGUGCUGAUCCUGGCGAUAUGGACGCCAGUAUGUCCGAAAUAUCCCGAACAGAUAAUACUACUAUGGAAGGAACUGACUUACAUGUAGGCGCUCAUAGUAGCAACAGUAGUAUUCCUCCACCAGCAACCGGUGCUACGAGCGGUAACCCUAGUCAAACUGGAAAUCAGCAGCAGCAGCAACAACAACAACAACAAAGAAAUGUAUUUGGUUUCGAUGACAGCGCUGUUGACUUGGACUAAUUACAUCCACAGCUCCGCUAACAAUUUCAAUAUAAUAUGGCGUUUAAUAACAUAUGCUUAGCUGAGUUUGUUAUUAAAAACUUUAUAAACGUUUAAAGUAUAUUCAUACCAUAAGAACUCUUAAUACCAACACUAUUUUAAAUGCAUGACUGGAUCGGACAUCGCAAUAUGCAAUAAUAUAAUGAUGAAGAUUUAGGGAAAUACGAAAAAAAAA